AUGUCAAGAAGGAUAACUACGAGAUCUACGAUACCGUCGGAUUCAACAGAUACCAAUUACAAGCGAGAUAUAACUUUCCAUGACGACGAUGGUAAUGCCGUUGACCUCAGUUUUCCACCGGAUAUCCCUGUUCUAAAGACGCCCACGGCCACCAAAACGGAGCACAACAGCCACCACCACCGAAACAACAACAAUAUUGCAGCAGAAGCUAAUCCGAACGGGGAACAGCAGCAGCCGUCGCCGGAUUCACUGAGCCUUGCAAACUCAAGUCCUUCGAAUGGCAGCAGUGUGCGGCACUCCCACGUGCAGCGAACGACACCGUCGAUAUCGAGGACUCGAAUACAGGAUCUUCUUCACCCGUACCGACGACCUGCUGCGCCCGUUUCCCAGAAGCACCAUCUUGGAACGCCUCCCAGUAGCCAAGGAGCAGCGUCACCAUCUUCAUCCUCCACUUCUUCAUCUUUACUUCGGCCCAUUUCAUCCCUGGGGACGUCGCUUUCGCCUUCGCUAAGCUUCAUCUUGAAUAAAACUACGCCGCCGCCAGAAUCAGCACCGUCGAAUAUCUCGAUUCGAGUGGAUCCAUCUGCUCCAUCUAGUCGCAAUCAUCAUCAUCAUGUUUCACUUCAGAAUUCACCACCAUCAGCAACAACAACAACAACAACAACAACAGCCGAUUCGGAAAAUCUGAGCAACAGCGAGGAUACCUCUGCAACUACACCACGAAACAAUCACGGUAAUUGCGCAUCAACAGUGGAACAACGACUAGGUCAGAUCAUGAUUGAACAUUUGCGAUAUAUGGGUCUCAUCCCGGAACCGAGUUUAUCGCAAACGGCACCUGAUCCCGCUAUUUCAACGGUUGAGGAGAUCAAGGUUAAAUUCAACCCUACACCUCCAAAGGUGUUUAAAUGCCGGUUUGAGAUUGAAAUGGUGCAGGGUUCUGGUGAUGAUGAAGAGGUGGGUUCAGCUGCUGUUGAGCAAGACUCACAACUGCUGCAAUCGCAAAAGAACGUGUCUUUGCGUGGUGAUGAAACUAUUCCAAUCUCAAAGAAUUCAAUUUCGGAAGUAGACGAAGAUGAAGAUAAAAAUGAAAACGAAAAAGAAGAAGAAGAUGAUGAAGACAAAGUUGAAGACGACAACGAACAGGAAGAUGAAGACGAAGGUGGAGUCAAAGAAGAAGACGAAGAAGAAGACGAGGAUGAAGUUGAAGACAACGACGAAGAUGAAGAAGAUGACGAAGAUAUGACCCAUUUACAAACGAGCGAACCGGGACACAAGGUGAUUCUCGAAUUUCACUACAAAGUGAAACAAACCAUCAAUUUCCACGAACUACCACUAAAUUUAUACAUCACGAAUCAAGAACUCAUGAGCUACUUGACGCAAAAAGUCGUCUUUGGAAAUAAGGAUGGCAUAAGCAACGUGCCACCGGAAAAUAGAGAAAAAGCAUUAGACUUCUACGAGCUAUUCUCGUUGCAAACUAAAAUUAAUAUGUUGUUGGAUUUGGAAAAAGUCAAAUGUUUUAUUAAUGGAGUAGAAGUGAUGAUGUAA